AUGAAUUUAAAUUUUUUGCCAAUUUUAGAGUUUCCACAGAAAUAUGAUCCAAAGUAUGUUGAAGAGAAAUGGUAUGAUUGGUGGCUAUCACAGCAAUUCUUUAAACCAUGUUUGGUAAGAGAUUUAGAAAUAAAUGAUAAAGAAAUAUUUUCUAUGGUAUUGCCUCCUCCUAAUGUAACAGGAACACUACAUUUAGGUCAUGCAUUAACUAAUUCUAUACAAGAUGCAUUAGUCAGAUGGAACAGAAUGCAUGGUAAAUCUGUGGUAUGGGUACCAGGUAGUGACCAUGCUGGUAUAGCAACACAAGUUGUCGUAGAGAAACGGGUAUGGAAAGAUAAGAAACAGACUAGACAUGAUGUUGGUAGGGAGAAGUUUAUUGAGGAGGUGUGGAAAUGGAAAAAUCAAAAGGGUAAUAUAAUUUCUGAUCAAAUGAAGAGACUUGGAUCAUCUUUAGAUUGGAGUCGAGAAUGUUUUACCAUGGACAAGAGAUUAUCUGAUGCAGUAAAUGAAGCCUUUGUCAGAUUACAUGAUGAAGGUCUGAUAUAUAGAAGUAAUAAAUUAGUCAACUGGUCCUGUUCCUUACAAUCAGCUAUAUCUAAUAUUGAGGUAGAAAAUGUAGAAAUUGAAGGGAAACAGAAAUUCAUUGUACCAGGAUAUGAAAAACCUGUUAAUUUUGGUGUUAUGACUUUGUUCAAAUAUCCUGUAGAGAAUUCAGAUGAGAGUAUAACAGUAGCUACAACCAGACCAGAAACUAUGCUAGGCGAUGUUGCAGUAGCUGUUAAUCCAAAUGAUUCUAGAUAUCUACAUCUACACAAUCACCAUGUCAUUCACCCAAUAGAUAAUAGACGUUUACCUAUUAUAACUGAUGAGUUUGUAGAUAAGGAAUUUGGGACAGGAGCUGUGAAAAUUACUCCAGGUCAUGAUUAUAAUGAUUUUGAUAUUGGACGGAAACAUGACCUUCCUGCACUAACUAUUAUUGAUAUCAAUGGAAGAAUGACCAAUACAACAGAAGAAUUUGAUCAGAAAAGAAGAUUUGAUGUCAGGUGGAUGGUUGUUAAAAAGCUGAAAGACCUUGGCCUUUUUAUUGAGGAAAGAUCACAUGCAAUGACUUUACCUAUGUGCAGUCGCUCUAAAGAUAUAAUAGAACCUUUACUUAAAGAACAAUGGUAUAUUAACUGUAUAGAUAUGAAUAAGAAAGCUAUUCAGUCUUUACAGAAUGGAGAACUGAAAAUUGUCCCGAAAAAUUAUGAGAAACAUUUAAUUCAGUGGCUAACAAAUACUGAAGAUUGGUGUAUAUCAAGACAGUUAUGGUGGGGUCAUCAAAUACCAGCUUAUAGACUUAUAUCUCCUAAACAGAGUUGUGAUCUGUGGAUCAGUGGAAGAAAUGAGAUGGAUGCUAAACAAAAGGCAGCUAAUAAACUUGAUAUAUCUGUUGACUAUGUAGAGGUUGAAAGAGAUGAAGAUGUAUUAGACACAUGGUUUUCAUCAGCUAUAUUUCCCUUCUCUGUUCAUGGUUGGCCUCAACAGAAUGAUACUCUAUCUAGAUAUUACCCUAACAGUCUACUAGAAACUGGUAAUGAUAUAUUAUAUAUGUGGGUAGCUAGAAUGGUGAUUUUAGGACAGAAACUUACUGGUCAACUUCCCUUUAAUCAGGUUUUACUACAUGGUAUAUUAAAAGAUGCUUAUGGUAGAAAAAUGAGUAAAUCUUUAGGUAAUGUUAUAGAUCCAAUGGAUGUCAUUCAGGGUGUUUCACUUCAGCAACUGAUAGAAAAACUAAAAGACAGUAAUUUAGAUGAAAAAGAGAUAAAUAAGGCAGAGCAGGGAAAUAAAAAAGAAUUUCCUACAGGAAUACCAGAAUGUGGUGCUGAUGCCUUAAGAUUUACUCUCUGUUCUCAUGAUUUUAAAGCUGGAGAAGUCAGCAUAGAUAGAACUCUGUUUAAAAGUAAUAGACAUUUCUGUAAUAAAAUAUGGCAAGGUUUUAGAUAUAUUUUGUCUAACUUUGGUGAUGAUUUUAUACCAUCCUCAGACUUUCAGAUCACAGACAGUGAAAGUCUUAUAAACAAAUGGAUCAUCAGUCAACUGAGUAACUUGGUUCUAACAUGUGAUAAGAAUUUUAAAUCUUAUGACCUGCAUCAAGUUGCUUUAUCUUUACACCAGUUCUGGGUAUCACAGUUCUGUGAUGUUUAUCUGGAAUGUACCAAACCAGUAUUUUUACAUGGAAGUCCAGACCAAAAACAAGAAUUUAGAGAAGUGUUGUAUUUAUGUAUAGAAACAUUUUUAAGAUGUCUUAGUCCAUUUAUGCCUUUCAUCACGGAAGAGUUAUAUCAACGAUUACCAGACAAGGCAGAUAAAUCUAUCAGUAUUUGUGUAGCUCCGUACCCUACAGUCUCUCGGUAUAACUAUAGAAAUAUAACUAUAGAAAAUAAGAUUAAAGAGGUUCAAACAAUAGUUAGUAAUGUAUUAAGAAUGAAAUUAGAUUAUAAGUUAAAGGUGCCUAAACCUGGUUAG